AUGUGGCCACUUCGUCGGAGGGACCAGGUUGAUCCAUCUGUCAAUGUUGCCUCGUCGGUUUGGAUGAGAUCGUCCAGACCUCGCCGGACUAGAGUGGUGCCCAACUGUGAUCAUCAUCAUCAACGGCCUUCAAGUUCUAUGGCGGGCAGGUGCAAGAGCAGGACACCCUCUCACUUCUUCAAGAUAAUCCUUCCCUCCACCAUUCAACACAUGAAACUGAGCAUCCCUGAAAAGUUUGUGAGGGAAUUUGGGGAUGAACUAUCCACUGUUUCCAAACUCACUGUACCCUAUGGUCCUAGUUGGCAAGUGGGAUUGGAGAAAGUUGACAAGAACAUUUGGUUUUGUGAUGGUUGGAAGGAUUUUGUCGAAUACUAUUCUAUUUGUUAUGGUUACUUUCUAGUCUUUGAAUAUCAAGGAAAUUCAAAUUUCCAUGUUCUUGUAUUUGAUAAGACUGCCACUGAGAUUCAGUAUCCGUUGAGCAAGAACUGUAAAUUAGAAGAUCAGGUGGACAUUAUGGAAUUAGAGGAUGCAAACAUAUCAAUGCACAACAAGAAUGAAAGCGAAAUGUCUAACUCAGAUGAUGAGUUGCCCACAAACCGUAAAGAAGUGGGAGAAAAAUCUGUAAGGAAACAAAUUUCUGGCAUGUCUUCAAAAGGGAAACUCAUGAUGUCCAGAGGAAGAGAGAGAGCAAUGCAAGCAGCUAGAAGGCUUAGGCCUAAAAAUCCUUCUUUCAUGGGAAUCAUAGGGCGUGCUAAUAUGCAUAAAUGUGAAGGCUAACAACAAAUUGAUAUUGUGCUGCCUUUACCAAAUGCGGUGAAGGCUCUUU